CCGCAGGGACCGCAGGGACCGCAGGGACCGCAGGGGCCUGGACCAGCGCCGGGGCCUGGACCCAUGGUCUCACCAGGGGUGAUGCCGGUGGAAUCGCCACAGCAAUUGCCACGGGAAGGCAUUUGGUACACCAUCCAGCCUGCCUGCAGUGAACCGACACGAUCUCGGGGGGAUUACUCAGCGUAUCCCCACCUCAGUGGAAAAGCUCAGUUCAAGCAGAGCAUGACGCCGCGAGCGGGAGUGUUGGUGAAAAUCCUCGGGACGCUGUCCAUCGAUCCCCAGUGCACUUUGUGCGAGCGCCACCGAGGCUAUGAAGAACAUCUGGGUGCAGAAAAGCAUUGGAAAGCGUUGUACCCGACGUACACGGGGGAGAACGUCAUCAUUGAAGAUGUGAAAGAUAAACUCUGGAACCAGACAAAAAUCCCAGGGGGAUAUGUCAGGCUCAACGAGCUCACUGGCGAAAUCCAGUUGGCUAAGGGGAUUCACGAGCCAAUGAUGCAGCCUGGACAGCCAGGAGUGGCUCCACCCGACAUGGUUCCUCCAGUGGCUCCAGCUCCAGCCCCAACUCCUGCGUCUGGCCCUUGGGGUGCCUACACACCCACCCAGCCCACCCCUGCACCAAUGCCAGAGCCAUGUGCCGCUGCGUGGGGCACCCAACCUGCACCCACGGGACCCCAUCCGGGCGCCAUGGGUCCGGGGCCCAUGCCUGGGAUCCGCACCUUCCCCGCGGCCUCGACUUGGAGCAGCGACAAUUUUUCCACCGCCGGCCAUGCCGGGCAGCGCGUGGACUUGGAGUCCAACGACAGCGAAGGCUAUGCUCGGGUCUCCAACCCUUCUUCCAUGUCUAUGCCUUCGAUGUCCAACCCUUUGAUGAAGAUCGCGCAUCGCAAUUUGCAGUCAAAAAGCAAAAUUCUGCAGGAUCAACUGAUUCGUCAUCAAGUGAAGCCUGAUGAGUUCCUUUGCGUGGUGUGCCAGCAACCGCUUCACAUCGCGCAGUGUGCCGCGCAUUUCGGGUCCAUUGACCAUCUGCAGCAGCUCAUGGCGAACGUGGAGGCCGAACAAGUGAUCCAUUCACAGGCUGCUGUGAAGCUGCGCCUCCGGCACAUUGAUUUAAGCUUGGAGGUCAUCGAUGAGCCUUGGAUGAAGGAAACUUGGUGCUGUCCCCUAACGAUAGCUAAGUUGGUGAAAACAACUAGGCUAAGUAACUAG